CCCUAGUUUCCGAAAGAAAGGACCGCACUUUAAGCCCUUAUUGCAAAACCCUCAAUUCUUCCUGGCAUAACCAACAAGCAACAACGCUUGGGUUUAGUAGCCGAAGCUUGACUCAGUCCGUUUCCAUUACUUCCUUUCUUUCUUUCUUUCUUUCUGUGAGUAAUUACAACAAACAGUUGGUGUGCAUCUUAAUGAAAGGGGGCAGAACCAGCGUGUUAACGUUCGCCGAAAAGUGCAAGAAUAUACUGGCUUCAAAUUGGCAAGCUAACCUAAAUACAGUUAAGGCUGAUGCCAAAGGAAGCAAGGAUGAAAUCUACAGUUCAAAAGUUAAAUACUUUGUGAAGAAGGGGAGGCCUUACAUUUGGGUUCCUGAUGAUGACUUGCAUAAUGUGAAUACAGUUAUAGAUGAACGUGGUUCAUUGGCCGUCACAAGUCCAUUACCAGGCUCGCUUGCAAGUUUGCUUCAAUCACUAAAGAAGCCUCCUAAUCGGAUUGCUCUUGUUGGUGAACUUGUUCCGCUUGGUGAUAAAAAGGUAAAGUCAGCUGCAGCAAGCCUUCGAGAGACAUUAAUAUCAGAAGGGGAGGCACUAAAGGCGUUCAGUUAUUCGGUUACCGGUAUAUUAAGUUCAUCUGAUUUCAGAUUGACAUCUCGUGCCGAAAAUCUCCAAGAGCUAUUGAACGAAGAUCAACAAUACAGGGUUUAUAAGUUUAAUCCAAGUUCAAUCACUUACAUAGAAGGCAGGGAAAACAGCCAUGAAGUGGAUUUGAAGGAUAUCGAAGAAUCAAAGGCGGACUCCUUGUCACUUUUCUCUGCAAGCUUGAUCGACGGGAUUAAUCAAAGUGAAACCAGGCGUCGAGCCCUGAUGAUAUUUUGUGCCACAUACUUGAAUAAGUAUGUGAAGGACGCGCUGGUGCUAUCUAUAGAUCGAAAAGGGCUUGAUGUGCUGGGGAAGUUUGUGGGACCCAUGAUGGAUGACGACGGUUCACAUGAAUACCAGUGGAAAGAGUUGCGGCUGAUGUUGAAGGAAGAAGCUCCAGAUGUUGAGACGUUUUGCAAACGACUUGUUGAGAUGGAAGAGGAAGCAAUCAAGAAUGUUUCAUCUUUCAGUGGCCUGCCAUUGGAACCGAAAGUAACUUAGGCUGGAAGUUUUGUCAACUAAGCUAUGUGUGACUGCGUUUUGGUUGGACUUGAAAACUUGUGCAUGCAGUAUGUAGUGACCGGUACAACUGUUGUAACUAUACAUGUGCUUAUGAACUUGACAAAACAUAACGAAGGCCGAAAACAAGCCAAAACCCAGCCCAAAAAACGUUACCCGUUGUCUCUGAAUAUGUUGAAUCUGCACCAGUCUUCCCA